UUCAUUGAACUUGACCGCCAUACCAUAUAAUAUAUUAUUAUUAUUAUUAUUAUUUAAAUUUAAUUUUAAGCAACUUGUUCCUAUUCAUUUCUUUUUCCUCUCUCUUAUGUUCUUUUCUCUGCUCUUCUGCUUUUGCUUCACCAUCAUCUAUUUCAUUCCUUCUAUGUGAAAGAGUAAAACUUGGCUGAGGUGGUUCAAUCACUAUGGAAUCCUGUAAUUGUAUUGACCCGCAAUGGCCAGCUGAUGAUUUAUUGAUGAAAUACCAAUAUAUCUCAGACUUCUUCAUUGCCCUUGCUUAUUUCUCAAUCCCUCUGGAGCUUAUCUACUUUGUUAAGAAAUCAGCAGUAUUUCCAUAUAGAUGGGUCCUUGUUCAGUUUGGUGCUUUCAUAGUUCUAUGUGGAGCAACGCAUCUAAUUAAUUUAUGGACCUUUACAAUCCAUUCAAGAACUGUCGCAAUUGUAAUGACCACUGCUAAGGUUUUAACUGCUGUGGUAUCAUGUGCUACAGCCCUUAUGCUUGUACAUAUUAUUCCUGAUUUAUUAAGUGUUAAAACUAGGGAAUUAUUUUUGAAGAACAAGGCUGCAGAGCUUGAUAGAGAAAUGGGCUUGAUUCGUACACAGGAAGAAACUGGUCGACAUGUUAGGAUGUUGACUCAUGAGAUUAGAAGCACUCUUGAUAGACAUACAAUACUGAAAACGACUCUUGUUGAACUGGGUAGAACUUUGGCACUGGAGGAAUGUGCCUUGUGGAUGCCAACCCGUACUGGGCUGGAGCUUCAACUCUCUUACACAUUGCGACAACAGAACCCGGUUGGAUACACAGUACCCAUUCAUCUUCCUGUUAUAAAUCAAGUAUUUAGUAGCAACCGUGCAGUAAAAAUUUCACCUAAUUGCCCAGUUGCUAGAUUACGGCCUCAUACUGGAAAUUACAUGCCUGGGGCAGUAGUAGCUGUUCGGGUUCCUCUCCUACAUCUUUCUAAUUUCCAAAUAUAUGAUUGGCCUGAGGUUUCAACAAGAAGCUAUGCUAUGAUGGUCUUGAUGCUUCCAUCAGAUAGUGCUAGACAAUGGCAUGGACAUGAGGUAGAGCUGGUUGAGGUAGUUGCUGAUCAGGUAGCUGUUGCUCUUUCACACGCUGCAAUCUUGGAAGAGUCAAUGAGGGCAAGGGAUCUGCUCAUGGAACAGAAUGUUGCACUUGAUCUGGCAAGAAGAGAAGCAGAAACUGCAAUUCGUGCUCGGAAUGACUUUUUAGCUGUUAUGAAUCACGAGAUGAGGACUCCCAUGCAUGCAAUUAUUGCACUCUCUUCGUUGUUACAGGAAACAGAGCUGACAGCUGAGCAACGUCUGAUGGUGGAGACAAUAUUGAAAAGCAGCAAUUUUUUGGCUACUCUCAUCAAUGAUGUUCUUGAUCUUUCACGGCUUGAAGAUGGCAGUCUUCAACUUGAAGAAGCAACAUUUAACCUUCAUUCUUUGUUCAGAGAUGUCCUUAACUUGAUUAAGCCUGUUGCAUCUGUUAAAAAGUUGUCACUCACUUUACAAUUAGCUUCAGAUUUGCCAGUAUAUGCCAUUGGUGAUGAAAAACGUCUCAUGCAAACUAUUCUGAAUGUUGUUGGUAAUGCGGUGAAGUUCUCAAAAGAGGGAAGCAUUUCCAUCACUGCUUUUCUUGCAAAGCCUGAAUCCUUCAGGGAUACUAGAAUUCCCGACUUUCUUCCAGUGCCAAGUGAUAGGCACUUUUAUUUGAGAGUACAGGUAAAAGAUUCUGGAUCAGGAAUUAAUCCCCAAGAUAUCCCGAAGUUAUUCACUAAGUUUGCACAAAGUCAAUCAUUGGCAACAAGAAAUCCUACUGGAAGUGGACUUGGCCUUGCAAUUUGUAAGAGGUUUGUAAAUCUCAUGGAAGGGCAUAUUUGGAUUGAAAGCGAAGGUAUUGGUAAAGGAUGUACAGUCACUUUUAUUGUAAAACUUGGAAUCCCAGACCGAUCAAAUGAAUUUAAACUACCUUCUGUACCUAAAGUUCUGGGAAAUCAUGGAUCUAUGAACUUUGCAGGGCUCAAGGUUCUUGUCAUGGAUGAUAAUGGGGUUAGCAGGACAGUAACAAAGGGACUUCUUAUGCAUUUAGGAUGUGAUGUGUCAACCGUAAGCUCAAGUGAAGAAUGCUUGCGUGUUGUUUCUCCGGAACACAAAGUGGUCUUCAUGGAUGUUUACACAGGGUUAGAUGGUUAUGAACUAGCAGUACGAAUACAUGAGAAGUUUAACAGACGUCAAGAUAGGCCACUAAUUGUUGCUCUUAUUGGAAACACCAACAAAGUGACAAAAGAAAACUGUACGAGGGUUGGUAUGGAUGGCCUUAUAUUGAAACCUAUUUCUGUUGACAAAAUGAGGGGUGUUUUAUCAGAACUAUUGGAGCGUGGAGUUCUAUUUGAAAUUGUUUAAACCAUCAGAGUGACUUCAUAUUAUGAAAUCUUUUCUGUUGUACAAAGUAAAGCAAAUUUGGAGAAAUUCAAACUUAUGAAGCAAUGAGGCAACUGACAUGAAUUGUCGUCCUUAUUGGUGUAAUGAGAUCCUAGCAUAUGGAACAGUGGUUGAGUCAAGCAUUAUUAAAUCUAUUUUUGUGAACAAAAAGUUCAUAUGUUUUAUAUUUUGCAUUUUUGAUGUGUUGCAGUGGUGGUGAAAGUACAUUUACAUUGUCCUAGAUUAUUUUAAUCAAUUUAUUUAUUAAUUUCU